CAGGUUGAAUUCCAAUGGCACCUCUCAUGUCAAUUUUCGAUUGCACUUGACUUAUACCUUCAAAUCAGAUGGGUCAUAGCUUCACUUGUAGCUGAAUCGCUCCAAUGCAACUUACCUGACUGGUGCCUCAAACACGCAUGUCUGGCAUGCACUUACAUGCUAACUGACAAAAACCAGCUACACUUCAAGAUUCUAUAUGCUAUGGAUGGGAACAAUUCAUUAAAACAUAUUCUACAAUGCUCACUCAAUGACAACGACGACUCUCUUGGUGUAUUGGCUGAGCUUCCCACUGGCCAGCUAUUUGUUAGUGACCAUUAUUUAUCUUGUAACUUCAUAGAUGAGUUUGCA